AGUAACAGUGACAACCAUGACUGAAAAACAUACAAUCUACUUCGCCGGGAGAAUCACUGGAGGAAGAAAGUAUACUGAUUUAUAUCAACGAAUUGUUGAAAAGUUAAAGACAUACGGCAACGUUUUGACAGAACAUGUGGCAAACCCAACAGUUGAAGCCGAUGAAGACAACGCGGGAUUAACUGACGUUUUUAUACAUGAUAGGGACAUGGACUGGCUAUAUGAAUGUGACGUCAUUGUUGCUGAAGUAACACAGAAGUCUUUAGGAGUGGGAUACGAGAUUGGAAGAGCGGUUGCUCUCAACAAACUUGUCAUUUGUCUUUUCCGUUCUGAUUCUGAAGAAAGGUUAUCACCGAUGGUAGCAGGAGCUGUUGGAGAAAAAUUCUUCGUAUACAACUAUAAAGAAGAUCAAUUGCCUGAAAUUUUCGCAAAUCAUUUGAAAUGAGCUAUUUACAUCUUAAAAUAUACGAAAAAAACUCUUUGAAAUUGCUUUAUAGUUUUUUUCUUAUAAAAUAAAUACAGAGUUUUAAGUUUUUGUUUAAAUGAACAUGUGAAGUUAUUCACUGUUUUUAGAAAACUGGAGUUUUCCUUGUGACAAAACAUAUCUCUCUUUGUUCAAUUUCGAACGUUUCGGAAUGAACAAUUUCCACUUCUCAAAAACCGCUGAGCAAAACAUGAUGUGGUAAUCUUUUAUAGUUUUAUGAACAAGUUUUGUAAAGGUUAUAAUAAUUCAUUGUUUAAUUUUAAAUUUGAUUGUUUCAAGUGGAUGCAAUGGAUAAAAUUGUAUAAUAUAAGUUUGUUUUUCAUUGUUUAAUCAGGAUGUAAAUUACUAGUAGUUCUCAGUAAGUGGGAACUGCGAAAUCUCCGAAGAUUGAGCCACUCUCAACUCAUAUGUUCCACAAUUUAUAAACUUUGUAGAGAGGGAAGGAAACUUUUUUUUAACGAAUCACUCCGAAAUUGAAUUUUAAUUGUUGGCAGACAGAUUUAGGUCUGUGUAUACAUGUAGAAAUAAACAAAGGAAGUAUGAUUGAUUAUAUUAUUGUACAUGUACAUAUGUACAUUUAACGACCUUGGAGUCAAUGUAUGUGUUGUUUUUAUUGUACUAUUAUGUACUAUGUUAUUCUUUUUGCUAUACUUAUGCAUCAUAUAUUUUUUGUGGACAUCAAAUUAACUAGAUUUAUCGAAACUUUAAAUUUUUGAAUGUUACGUUUAAUUUAGACCUUAGGCUAGUUAUCAUACCAACACUUAGAAAUUGAAGAAGUUUUUCUGGGACAUUGCAACAAAACCACUGAUAUUCUGAUGUUUUACAUUUUUUGGAUGAAACCCCGAUAUAUGGAAAUUUAAUUUAACAAAUAUUUUAUUAUGCAAAUAAAUACAUAAUAGGAUUGGACAUUAGGCUAUGCCUAUUUUAGUUCUCCCCUCAAGGAUCAAAGUUACGACUUAUAUUUCAGUAACAUUUGAAUUAAAUUUUUGAAAG